AUGAUCUAUUUCAAGGAUGAUGGGACCAACGGCGAGCCGGGAACAGGAAUUUCGACGCGCGAGUCUGAGGACGACUUCUGGCGGGAGUUGAUGGAAGUUCGUGGACGAGUACCUAUGGCGAAUCCACAAGACGCGCAGACGGACGCGCAACCGGGUGAUACUGCGGACUCGAACGAGUGGUUAGAUGUUGGUGGUGCGAGGGGCGGAGUGCGAGUUGGAUGCGCAGUAAGAUCAGCGCUGGUUGAGAUGGAUGGCGAGGUGGAACGAUGGUGA